CUAGAAUACAAAUAAGAAAAGUAGUAAAAAGGGCUUUUUUGUCACGGGCCAGGGCCCAUAUCCUUGCGGCUGUGCCGCAAGACGUACGAGGCUCGUGCGCUCCAGGGACGGGAAAUCGUUCCACAGCUCAGGGGCAUUUGGGAACUUCUUUCUUUCUUCUUCAUCUUUGAUGUAAAUAGCAUCCUGGACUAGAUAGCUGGAAUCCAGCUACUAGAGGCCGUUCACAUUUUUUACAUAGUUAAGGGUGGACCACAUUUUUGUGGCUGGACCAGGUUUUUGUGACCAACCUCGGAGAGGUUGGCAUACGUGUAAGCCCCACAAUGCCAACGGGUAGCCGGUUCAACAAGGCCCUAGCGGUUGCCUUGCGGCACAACCACGACAUUCGACUCCUCGUCACGGUCACAUCAAGCCUAGCCAUGAGCUAUUACGCCACGAAUUACGCCACGAAGCUAGACACGCCGUUAUGGAAACGGGCGGCGUUUAUGAAGACGGUGUGGGAAAGGAUGUCAGCGGACGUCGGGGCCGAAGGCCAAGUAGCGCAUGACGACGAAGCCCCGAGGGCCGCGCAGGUAAAUAAUAAGGCCAGGCAAUUCCUGGCCCGAACGGCAAACCAGAUCUUCACCAGCAGGGAGCUAUCCGCCGUGGAGGUAUGCAGCAGGCUCCUCGGUCAUCCCAACCACUACUCCAGCGUGGAGAGAUGGCAGAGCAUUCACCUCAAUACGCUGUACUGGGCGGUCUUCAGGAGGUGGCGGGGUCUACAAGACGCAGCCGGACCGGAGGCUCGUCUGCGAGCGGCCCCGGAGACGAUCAACAUAGCGCAGUCUGGUGUGCAUCUUUCACUGCUGGAGGCAUACGCCGGGCGUGGGGCUCUAUUGGAGGACCUCUGCUUCUACGACUAUGCUAGCGUGAUUCAAGUGCGUCGGGUUGGGAAGCGGACGAACGUAGACAAGCCGCAGUAUUUCCCCUUCGACCAAGACCUUGUCAAUGGAGAGAGAUGGAUCCAAGAGCUCCUGAAGGUAGGGGCGCAGUACGUCCCGGUGCUCACCGGCCCGCUCAACCACGACCUGGAUAAGCUAGACCCAGGAUAUUACCAACGGUAGGAGAGGUGAAGAGAGAGAGAAGGCUCGUCGAAGAGCUAACGGCAUACAGAACCGCGGUGGUCCUCCUAGCACUCUUUGUACCUUGGCAACGCUUCACGCGCCUGGACGAGCUCUACGGCUACCGCUAUGCAUCUGGUGAGUACCCCUCAGUCAAAGACGUGUGGCAAAAGCUGUCGGAAGCCAUACCGGACCGGGUGAAGGGGGUGGUUAGCAACAUUAAGCUUCUGCACAAGAGCGCCGAAGAUGCUAAGAAAGACGCGGCGUUGUGGG